AUGUGUGCGCGACUGUAUGCCGAGAAUGCCAUCCACAGGAAGAAUGAACGGUUGUACUGGCUCCGCUUGGCAUCUCAGGCGGACGCUGUGGUCUCCGAAGUGCAAACAGGCGUGAUCACGAACAGCGUGUCCAAGAAUAUGCAACGAAUGAACAAAGACCCGAAGAUGGCCGUGAGUACCAAGAACCUGCAAAAUAUCUCUGCAGUGAUGGACAGGUUUGAACAGCUGGUGCAGAACCUGGAUGUGCACAUUUUGGCGAUGGAAGACUCACUGAGCUCGGCCACCACACUGACUACGGACCAGGAGCAAGUGGAAAGGUUCCUUCAGGAGAUCGCUGAGGAGAUUGAACUCGAGGAGGACCGCGACCAGCUGAGCCAGCUGCCCAAGUUUCCCUCCCUCGUGGGCGAGAGCUCCAAGGGCAUCGGGCAGGACUAG